AGGUACCAUCCUCUUAACUAGCCGGAUGGAUGAAUAGUAGAUAGUGAUCGGGACCGGUACAAUCAAAAAUAUCGAGAAGAGGAGAUCGUUCGAGGAUCUCUCAUCUGGUCGCGAGGUCGUCGUCGUCGGUACCGGUCGACCUGAUCGUUUCUUAUUUUUUUUUUUCAUUAUUUCAAAAAAAAAAAGUGACGCCGAAUGAUCUGGAAUUUAUUUAUUCAUUUCCUUAACCAGGAACCUCAUUCGCCAAGUUUGCCAGUUAUUUUUAUGAUUUUUAAAUUUAUUCUUUAUUACGGACAUCGUUUUGUUAAUUAGGAUUACAGUGUUAGAGUGUUCGAAAAAAAAAUAUACCGUUCGAGGAAAAAGUGAAACACGCUUUAGAGGUUUUUCUUUUUUUUUCUGUGAAACCAAAGUUGAAUGCUGAUUUGGAAUUUGUCCUAACGUUAUGAUACGAACCUUUUGAACACGGAAUACGAAUAUUUACAUCGAUUUACGAUGACUUCCGGUAGGAGUAUUUAUCUACUAGUCCUGUCUCUGGCAAUGACAGAAGCUUUUUCCAUUUCCUACACACAACCCGAAAGAGGGAGAAAGCUGUUUGGCGGGUAUAGAAUAGUUCCAAAGGUGUGUCAGCCAACGAAUCCCUCGAGAGUUAAGCCCAACGAACCAGCCAUUUGUAUGUUCAAUUACGAAUGUACUCAACGGACCGGAGAAGUUGUUGGUGCCUGUAUGGAUGGAUUUCUUUUCGGUGCAUGUUGCCAAUUGCCCUCGAAACAUGCCGAAGUCAAUAAUUUAGAGAAAGUUCAGGGCCCCGACAAUUUGCUAAGUGUCUAUCAAAUAGAUCAUGCACCUGAAAUACCGAUUCUUCUCAAUCCCGAUGGAACACCGGUGGGAUCAUCCAGCACAUCUGGUUCCCUACCACCAACAAAAUCCGAAUCACCAUCAAUAGGCGGAAGUUUCACGAAAAUUUCAACCAUUGGUCCUACAAAUCAUUUCCCUUCAACUAACAAUUAUCAAUAUACAAAAAUCACCAGUGAUAGUACGAAAAAGCCACAAAAUAAUCAACAAAUUAAUUAUAGUAGCUUAGAGCAAGACAUACCUAAUCUAUUUGGUCAACAGCAAAUAUUGGAUGAUUUACAACUGCCAGGAUUACUCACACAUUCGGACUCAAAUAAUGAUAUUCAAGAUCAUCAAGACACUGCUAUUCUCAGUCCAGUGACCACUCUACUCAAUGCCGAUCAAAUUCUACAAAUUGCAGAUCCUGUCGAUCAACUACCAGUAUUAUUCUCCCAAGGUAUCGCAAAUAAUAAUCAAACUGGUCCAGAGACAAUUCUCCUCAGUGAAAAUGGCACCGUUCUACAGGAGGUUCACAAUCCGGAUGAAAUUUUCAAACCAACGACCAGUUCAACGAAACUAAAGAUCAGUCAAUCAACUCCUGCUUAUAAUUCCUUAUCAUUUUCUAAAGCAACGCCCACGAAGAAAAGUACAACAAAGUUACCCAUUCUUACUCAAAAGUAUGCUUAUUCGGAAAAAUUGACAAGCUCAACUCAGAGUCUAAAGACCACGGGAAGUUUCACCCCUUCUAGAAAACCUGAUAUCAGUAAAAUUAAUGGAACCUCAACGACAGGAUUUUUAGAUUCAAAGGCUACUGCUUCAAAAGUCAUGUCAACCUUCGAAACAACCACUCCAAUGAAUCUAAACAGAAAUAAAAACAAAACGGAUCUAGUUAGAGUACCAACGAUCACUUAUGAUGCUGGAAACAAAAAGCACGAUGAACUCGAUCGAGAGGAAAUUGCCAUUAAUCACAUCAUUUCAAUUUUGAAUGAUACUACUCCAAGUUCAGACACGAAAUUCACUUCACAUUCUGGAAACACAGUUUCCUCAUGGACACAAAAUUGGGUGAGCAUUGAUGAAACAUCCAAGCCUUCAGUAUCCAGAAUAAGUUCCACUAGACCCAGUUCAAUGAGGCCUUCUUCCUUAUUGACAACAGAAUCAUUUCCGUACACUUACUUUAAUAAACAGAAACCAUCAUCAAAUUACUAUUAUUAUCAAGUAUCCACUGAAGGACCAGGAACAACUUAUUCUUCUCAAUCAUCAGGAGGAUCAGGAGGAACCUCAACGUACUUAUCAUCCAGACUUCCUCUCUACACAACCGGUACUUUCCCAGGUAGCAGUGGUUUAACAACAAGACCAACAACAAAUCCACCAGCACCCACUGUCAUCGUCCUAGGACCCUUAGGCACCGAAUACACAACUUCAGCCAGUCAAAAACCAUCAACCAGACGUCCUACCACAACCAUAAAAACAACAGUCAAUACAAAUCCCGGAACUAAGAAACCAGUCGUAUCAACAACAAUCACACACAACAUAAGUACCGUAAUUUCCGGAGCUACAUUAAACAACAAACACGUCGUAUCAACAAGCUACAUCAGUGUCAAUCUCAAAGACGGUACAAGCAGCGUAAGACCAAGUACUCUCAAAGACUAUCCAUCAAGCACGGAAAAAAUUGUUCCAAGCAGUUCAACACCUACCAUUAUACAACCAUUCUGGACCACAGUUUCACCCUGGCCAACCAAAAAGCCGACUUUCCAUCUGAAACCAUCUUUCGACCUCGAUAAAAAUUCAACCAAAGUACCAAUUACUUCCACCGCCUCAUCACUCGAGGAUGAAACAGCAGCACCUGACGAUUCAAUAAUUUUCCCCCCAGUCCGUCAUCCCGAACUAAACAUCUCAAAUGCCGUUGUUCAACAAGAGAACCCAACACUAGUCCUCAAGGGAAAUGACACAGACUAUCCGGAUAACUUCAUAGUCGGUGAUAUUCCAACACCCGCAUUCAUCGAGGAUGAUGUCUUAAAGAAUAAAGUAGACUCGUUUGUCAAUAAAAUUGUCGACUCCCUACAAGGUAAUUUUGAUGAUCUAAAAGAUGUUGUCUAUACAAAGGCAAAUACCACAGUUGCACCGCCAACAAAAACAUCAGCUGCAACUAAAAGGCCAACGCCUAGUCCAACAAAAAAACCAAAACCAUCUCAAGUCACUGUUAAGAAGCCAGUGACAAAAAAGCCAACAACAAUUCGACCCACCACUCCCGCAUCAGGACGACCAACAACACUAAAGUCAAAGCCAACAGCAGGACAAGUUUCUACAACAAAAAAAUCUGUUGCCACUACAAAACGACCGAAACCAACGAAAAAAGUUACAACACCGCCUACAACUGAACUUGUCACAGCUGAGGAUGUGUCGCCAACUGUUUCAGAGGGCACGCCAACCACAACGGGAAUUCCUGAUCUUACUUCGGCAACUGAUCAUCAAAAAGUUUGUGGAAUCAGGCCUCACGUAAAAGCAGGCAGAAUCGUUGGGGGUAAAGGUGCAAUCUAUGGCGAAUGGCCGUGGCAAGUAUUAGUUCGAGAAUCAACUUGGCUUGGACUAUUUACAAAAAACAAAUGUGGCGGAGUUCUUAUAACAAACAAAUACGUCAUAACUGCAGCUCAUUGUCAGCCAGGGUUCCUGGCGUCUUUGAUAGCAGUGUUCGGCGAACACGAUAUUUCUGGAGAACUAGAAGCAAAACGUAGCGUAACGAAAAAUGUGAAACGAGUAAUUGUGCAUAAAGGUUACGACGCGGCGACCUUUGAAAACGAUCUUGCACUACUUGAACUCGAGAGUCCAGUUCAAUUUGAUACGCAUAUUGUGCCAAUUUGCAUGCCCGACGAUAAUGAAGAUUUCACCGGACAAAUGGCCACCGUCACCGGAUGGGGUCGCCUCAAGUACAAUGGUGGAGUGCCUUCAGUACUGCAAGUGGUACACGUACCAGUAAUGGAAAAUUCAGUAUGUCAAGAGAUGUUCCAAAUGGCAAAUCAUCCAAAAUUGAUAUUAAACAGUUUUCUCUGCGCCGGCUAUGCGACAGGUCUAAAGGACUCCUGCGAGGGCGACAGUGGAGGACCAUUAACGAUGCAACGAGAAGACGGAAGAUGGGUUUUGGUUGGAACAGUGUCCCAUGGAAUAAAGUGCGCAGCACCAUAUAUGCCCGGUGUUUACAUGAGAACCACCUAUUUUAAACCAUGGUUACAAAUUAUCACCGGCGUUUAAAAGUGUAAAAAAAAUUACACGAAAGUCAACGGCACGCGAGCGUAGCGCCUCCUCCGUGCCACUUGUAUAAAUGUACAAAAUGAGACUAAUUUAUUCAAAUCUUAAUCAAGACGAGGAAAAUUGAAGAAGAAGAAGAAGAUGAUGAUGAUGAAGAAAAAGAAGAAGAAGCCAAUUAAUCGAUUUAAUCGUUGUAUUCUGUGUACAUAAUUUUAUUUUUCAUAAUUACUUUUAAAAAUCUGUGUUUAUUCUUAUCGAAAUCUAUUUAUUUGCAUAUUAGCUAAUAUUUAUUAAACUUAUUUUUGUAAAAAAAAAAAAUAUUUACAAACUCAUUUAUAAUUAUUUCUCUAAUUUUCUCUCUUUUAAGUUUAUAAAGAGAAAAGAAAUGUAAAUACGUUUCCUUUGUGACAUUUUUAAAAUAGA